GUUUUGGCUGCUGCUUUCGCUGGUGUUCUUCGUGUUCGGAUGGCACCAGGGCCAGACGUUCACCAUGCGCCUGUCCGCCGCAAUCCACAACAGAGUGAUCCACAAGCUCCUUCGAGCACCCAUCGACCGCUUCUUUGACAAGCAGCCUGUGGGUCGCAUCAUGAGCCGCCUGGUUGGUGACCUGGCCAGCGUCGAUUUGUCCCUCUAUGCGAAGACGCUGCAGACGGUCACGACCAUCCUUGCUACCAUCACUCCUCUGCUGUACGUUCACACCAUGGUCCCCAUGCUCAUUUCCGUGAUGGCGCUGCCGCUCUACUACGUGAUCUUUGCCAUCUAUACGCGGUACCGGAACACUUCGGUGCCCAUGCGAUAUUGUUUUGCGAGCACGAAAUCAGAUAUGAACGGCUUGCUCACCGACGUCAUGUCCAGUACUGCCAGCCUCACAGUCGGA